AUGGCUGUGCCAGGACCUCCUCCGCUCCUCUUUCUGUCUCUGCUGCUGCCGCUGCUGUUGAGCAAGGCAUGCCUGCCUGCAGCCGCAUACACGCUCAACCCCGGACUACAGCAACAGAACAAAGUCCUCCUAUUGGACUGGCCUAAGGAUUGUGGGAUGGCUCAUUUCAAACCCAACAUGGCUGAACGGAUUGUGUCCGGGAACGAGGCCAGACCUCACUCCUGGCCCUGGCAGGUCUCUCUGCAGGUUCGUCCCAGAGGAAGUAAACAUUACAUGCAUGUUUGUGGAGGAACUCUCAUCCACAAGAACUGGGUCCUCACUGCUGCUCACUGCUUCCAGAAGGGUAAAGCUGAAGAUGCUGGGAGCUGGAGGAUUGUCCUGGGGAAGCACCAGCUCCGGCGUUCGGAGACACCAGAGAGGAUCUUCCCGGUGAAGAGAAUCUACCGCCAUGAGAACUUCCGUUAUCCGGCUCACAGCGAGCUGGACCAGGACAUCGCCCUGGUGAAGGCUGCCACCGACAUCCUCCCGUCGAACCAUAUCCGCUACGCCUGCCUGCCGCGCAAGCAGACCAGCCUCAAGCCGGGACACUACUGCUGGGUGACGGGCUGGGGAGACACCCGGGGCGGGAAGGAGAAUGUGUCUCUGGCAGAAGCCUUGAAUCAAGCUCGCCUCCCCAUCAUCGACUUCAAGACCUGUCGACAGAAGAAAUUCUGGGGCGACCGGGUCCGGGACUCCAUGAUCUGUGCCGGCUUCAGGGACACUGAGGGUCCACCGGCUGCCUGCCAGGGCGACUCUGGCGGUCCUCUGCUCUGCCAGCUGGGUCGCGACCGCUGGGAGGUGCAUGGCGUGGUGAGCUUCGGCCCCAUCGGCUGCACCGUGGAGAACAAGCCCAGCGUGUUCACCCGCACCGCCGCCUACAUCCCCUGGAUUGAGGCGACGCGCAUCAGGGACUUCUUCCUGCACUAAGACGACCACAGGACUCAGAAAGCACAAGCUGUGUUGUAUGUUCGAUGUCUCCGAGCCUCACUUUUCGUUUCAUUACUGGAACUUAAACAUCAACCACUUCAAGUUGUAAAUAAAUGUUUAACUUGCACAGUUUAUACGACUCAACACCUUUAGAUCCAGUCAACUUUGCACAAUAAAUCAG